UGUUAUAUAAAACUAUCCAGUUAGCUGUUUAAUAUAUUUAGUUAGAAAAUUGAAAUGAAUUUUACGACAAUGUUAAAAUUACUUUUUACACUUUUCGCCUACAUUACUGUUUUAAAUGCUGGCUCAAUUCGAAAAGUCACUUUUACUUCAGGAAAUAUAACUCAAGGAAAAAAUGCCACUGGCGUAAGUGUAAAAACUAAUAAUGGUCAUCAAGAAAUUGUGUGGCUGGAAAAUCAAAAUAAUUUAAAAGUUCAUUUUUCAAAAAUUUACGAAGACACUGGCCUAAUGAAAAAUGCUCUAGUGACUAAUUUAUGUGAAAAACAAAAUAAAGGUUCCUUAGAAAAUGCCAUUAAGCGUUAUGUUCUAAACAAUCUUGGCAAAACUAGUAAAUGUCCAAUAAAAAAGGGUACAGUUAAAAUUAUCUAUCCGAUAACUUAUACAUUCGAAACCACAAAAGCUGAACGUUGUGGACCAUUUAUUUCAACUCUUCAUGUUAUGAAAAAUAAUCAAGAAGAUUCUAAUGAGACUCCUUUGCUUGUUAGAGCAAUGUUUAGGGGAACUUUAACUGGCAAUGAUUGUUAAACGGAUAAUGUUAAGAGUCUGAAUGAUUCUGCCAUCUAACGGCGGUAGGGCGUAAUGAAGGAGUUAUUAAUAUCAAUUUCCUACUUUUCGAUUUGCAAUUGCGUUUUUGUAUGGAUUCCCACAAUCUUUCGGAUUUAGAAAAUUAUACUUGGUGUUUUGGCCGAUUUUGUAAAAAAAAUUGCCGUGUUUCGAGAAAUACGAUGAUUCUAAAAGCACAGUAUUUUUUCAUUAAAAAUUUUUUCGAUAUUUAAAAAUUUUUUUUAUCACUAUAUUUAAUACGUCUAAGAAACCAAUGAAAUAUCUUUUAAGAACGUAAUUAUGAUAAGACAUAAACUUGACAUACUUUAAUAUUUCCUUUUAAAAAAGUGUAUUUCUUAAAAAUAAAAUGUUA